AAUUACCAUAUAAUCUUCACCUCUCUCCUCGUUAAUAUAAACUACUCUUCAUUUUUUCCUUCCUCAAACCUCUCUCAUUUUCUCUCUCUUUCUCUCUUCGAGGAUUUCACUUUUCUCCUUCAAAUAUGAGUUCUUAUAACCAACAAGCUGCUCCAGUUGAAGUUUAUCCACCACCACAAACAGCAUAUCCUCCUCCAGGAACAGGGCUGGCUUACUCCGCUCCUCCGGCCACCGUCCAACCUCCGGCAUAUUCCGCCGCCCCUCCGCCAGGUUACCCGGUCAACGGCGCUAUCCCUUACACUCAACAAGUUCCAGUGGAGACAAAGCAAAGAGGUGAUGGCUUCUGGAAAGGAUGCGCUGCUGCACUGUGCUGCUGCUGUGUUCUGGAAACCUGUUGCGAGUAAAAGUGGAGCUACAGGCUUCAGUUAUCAUCACAUUGAACCUUUAAUCUAUAUGGUUUGAAUUAAUUUAAGUAUUGUAUUUACUCAUUAUAUAUGUCUUGUUUAUGGAUUGUGAUCAUUUUAUUGUAUUAUGUACCUUUUGAUGUUUUCUCUUACUGUCCAAAGCUGUUCAAGCACUGCUGGGUUGUGUAAGCCAUAUGUAACUGUUUUGUUUCCAUGAAUCUAUCUCCAUUUUGUAUCAAGAGAAAGCUACAAUUUAUAUAAUUUUGUGAUAUUGAUAAAAA